AUGCUUCGCAGGGCAAUCCCCAGAAUCUCCCGGCGAACUGUCCCGGCGCAGACUUCAUCCCCCCUCUUCGGUCUUUGCGCCCGCCCCGUGAGAACCAGCACUACCACCUCUGCGCACGCUCGGCUCCUCUCGACAUCAGCUGCUAGGAUGACCGCUCCCUCGCCUCUGGCUCCUGUUGAGCAUCCUUUUUCCUCGACCAUUCCUUUUGAGUCCUUCCAGCUUUUGCCCGAGGAGCAGAAAGCCGGCGCCGCCGAAGAUGCCCUCCUCCAACAACAGAUCAAGGAAGUUGAGGCUUGGUGGGCGUCGCCGCGCUUCAAGGGCAUCAAGCGCGACUGGACUGCUGCCGAUGUCGUGAGCAAGCGCGGUUCGCUCCAGCAGACCUAUACUUCGUCCGUCAUGGCGCGCAAGCUCUGGAACUUGGUGCAGGAGCGCUACGCGCAGGGCAAGCCCAUCCAUACUCUGGGUGCCAUCGAUCCCGUUCAGAUGACCCAGCAGGCGCCUCAUCAGGAGGUCCUCUACAUUUCUGGUUGGGCAUGCUCCUCGGUUCUGACUUCCACCAACGAGGUAUCGCCCGACUUUGGCGACUACCCCUACAACACCGUUCCCAACCAGGUCCAGCGUCUUCACAAGGCCCAGAGCAUGCAUGACCGCAAGCAAUGGUUCCUGCGCAGCAAGAUGACUCCUGAGGAGCGGGCCAAGACCCCUUAUACUGACUACUUCCGCCCCAUCAUUGCCGACGGCGACACCGGCCACGGCGGUUUGACCGCCGUUAUGAAGCUUGCCAAGCUGUUUGCCGAGAAUGGCGCCGCCGGCGUUCAUUUUGAGGAUCAGAUGCACGGUGGUAAGAAGUGCGGUCACCUUGCCGGCAAGGUUCUCGUCCCCACCGGCGAGCACAUCAACCGCCUCAAGGCCGCCCGCUUCCAGUGGGACGUCAUGGGCACCGAGAACCUUGUGAUUGCUCGCACGGACUCCGAGAGUGGUAAGCUGCUCUCUUCCUCCAUCGACGCCCGCGAUCACGAGUUCAUCCUCGGUGUCGCCGACCCCUCCAUCACCUCCCUCGCCGAGACCCUCGCCGACAUGGAAGCCCGCGGUGCUCCCGGUUCCGAGAUCGACGCCUACGAGGCCGAGUGGGUCAAGAACACGAAGCUCGUCACCUUCGAUGAGGCUGCUCUUGCCCACUUUGAGCACCACAACGUCCGUCAGGACCUCUUCGCCACCUACAAGGCCACCAUUGCCCAGAACCCCAACAUGGGCAUCACGGCCCGCCGCGCCCUGGCCCAAUCCAUCACCCCCGAACACCCCGUGUACUGGGACUGGGACGUGCCGCGCACGCGCGAGGGCUUCUACCACUUCCGCAACGGCAUGGCGGCCGCCACCAAGCGCGCCCUCGCCUUCGGUCCCUACGCCGACCUCCUCUGGGUCGAGACGGGCGACCCGUCCGUUGAGGUGGCCACGGAGCUCGGCCGCGCCGUGCGCGAACAGUUCCCCGGCAAGGGUCUCGUGUACAACCUUUCCCCUUCGUUCAACUGGAUGGCCCAUGGCUUCACCCAGGACACGCUCAAGUCGUUCAUCUGGGACAUUGCGAAGGAAGGUUUCACUCUUCAGCUCGUCUCGCUCGCGGGUCUGCACAGCACCGCCACCAUUAGCAACGAGCUGGCCCGCCGCUACAAGGACGAGGGCAUGCAGGCGUAUGUUGAGCUGGUGCAGAAGCGCGAGAAGGAGCUCGGUGUUGAUGUGCUCACGCACCAGAAGUGGAGCGGCGCCAACUAUGUUGAUGCCAUUCUGGGACACAUUCAGAGCGGUAGCUCGAGUAGCAAGAGCAUGGGCGAGGGUAACACUGAGAACCAGUUCGUAUAAGGGGCUUAUCAGUUGCUCGGUCGGUCGGGAUACAGUACGCACACGACUGGGUGAGGGCAUACAAACCUACUAGGCAGUAGGUGAUGAGGUCAAUGGGGGACUUGCUUGGCGGGCGGCUAUUUCGGGUUCGGUUGGUUGGCUCUAGGCGAAGUCUUUGCAUGGCAUUUCAUGGGGCGUCUUGUUCUAAUGUUCUUCUGUUAUCUUUGUUUUGGUUAUGACAACAUACUUUUCUUCGAACUACACGUUGUUUAGCUGUCUAUAUGCGGUUAAUAGACCUGGUGAUUAGUAGUUAUACGAAAGAUCUUUGGUACAUUCAUUAUUUCCUGAUAGAUGCAAUGCAUGAGAAUAGUUGUACUAUGCAUUCUUUCUACAGCUCCCUGCGCCUCUUCUCACAUGUAUAAACCUCACAUCGCGUCGCUUUGUACAUUUUCAUGUCGGGGACGCAUACGGUUGCUCACUGCGCAAAUGUACAGAAAACAUUUGUUUAUCACAGUCUCUGAGGGCUAAGAACCCUUUCUUCUUACUCCUCCAAAUUCUCCUUCAGCGCAUUAUUAACCGGCGCCGUCGUCGCCGGUCCCUCGGGUGUAACAUACGCCUUCGUCAUGCCGCCAUCAACCACCAUAUCAUGUCCGUUAACAAAACUAGCUUCAUCACUUGCCAAAAACACCACCGCCUGCGCCUGCUCCACCGCCUCUCCAAACCUCCCAGUCGGAAAAUGAAUCUCCCUCCGCAGUCUCUUCGCCUUAUCAUCACCAAGCCAGUCCUGCAACAACGGCGUGUUGAGGGGAGCCGGACACAAACUGUUAAAUCUGAACCCUUCGCAGGCAUGCACCAUAGCCAACUCGCGCGUCAUGGCUAGGACAGCGCCCUUGGAGGCCGUGUAAGCCAGCUGGGGGGUGGCAGAGCCAACGAGGGCCACGACAGAGGCGGUAUUGAUGAUACUGCCCUUGGUCUUUUUGUGCUUGCGCAGGGACAGGACGGCGUGCUUGCACCCGAACCAGACUCCCUUGACGUUGAUAUUGUGUGUUAGGUCCCAGAUGGACUCGGGGGUGGCGACGGCGUCGUCGUCCUGGCUGUGCAUGAUGCCGGCGUUGUUGAAGAUGAUGUCGAGGCCGCCCCAGGGGUCGAGGUGCGAGACCAUCUUUUCUACUUGAUCUUCUUUGGAGACGUCG